AUGCUGGAGAUGCCCACGGGGACGGGGAAGACUCUCGCGCUCCUCGCCAGCACUUUGACUUGGCUGGAGGCGAACGAAGAAAAGUUGAUGGCGGAACGCCUCCGGGCCGAAGACAGGCGAGAGGCGGCUCGGCACGGCGAGGCGGAAGCGGACCCAGGAGGGGCUGAAACCGCGCCGCGCCCCACGAGAAAGAAAGCGCCGCUGGCUUGGAUUCGGACUGCGUUCGAGGCCCAGCAGCGCGAGACUGCAGCGGCUGCACUGCGCGACGAAGACGCGCACCACCGCGACCGAAUGCGCCGAGCCGAGACUCUCAGGCGCGAGAUGAAGGGCGCCGAGGAGGCCCGCGGAGACAGCGCGGCCGCGACGGAGACAGCUGAGGGGUCUCUCGGUCCCUCAGGGCGGAGACAGGCGGCGCGAGCGCUUGCGACGCUCUGGCGGAGGAAGCAGGAGCGGGAACGGAAUCAAGGGAAAGAGGCUGGUCCGCGUGCCUCUCGCCGGGGCGGGGAAGACGGCGACAGCCGAGAAAUCCCGAGUGUCGAGGCAGAAGAUCCUGAGGAGUUUCUCGUCGACCUGCCGGUUUCUCUCCAGCUCGAGAAGAAAGAAACUGGAAGCGAACCUCCGCCGCUAGAGACCGCUCGCAGAUCAAUGAGUGCUCCAAGAGCACGAAAAACUCAAGUGAUAAUCAGUAGCCGCACACACUCGCAGCUGCGCCAGUACGUCGAGGAGCUUCGAAGAAUCCAACUCGCGGCUCUCGCUGCUUCCUCCUCUCCGUCCUCUCCCUUCUCUUCUUCUUUGUCUUCUUCUUUUUCUGGCUCAACAGACGGCCCGAAAGCGCGAUGCCUCGCACACGCUCAGGCAGACGCACGCGCUGUGGAAGGCGACGGAGACGACGCGAAGGCGCCGCAGCCUUUGCAACCCUUCCUGGCUCGGCUAAAAGUCGCCGUCGUCGGCGGCCGAGACCGUCUCUGCAUCAAUCCGACUGAGUGUAUGGACAUUGAGGACUUGACGAAGGUUGGCUGCUCCUCCGCAGUCAUGGCGUGCCCGUAUUUUGCCGCGAAGGAAGCCGCGAAAGAAGCCGACAUUAUUCUGAUGCCCACGAGCGCCCUCCUGGCGGAUCACCAGAGAGACGCUUUGGACGUUUCCCUCGAGGGCGCGGUUGUUGUCAUCGACGAGGCGCACCACGUGCCGCGUUUCCUCGCCGCUGCGGCUUCGUCCUCCGUCGAGGCCUCAACCGUAGGAAGAAAGAAAAGAAGGAACGAGAGACGGGGAAAUGCGUUAAAAGACGUCGUGGAAGGUGUCGGCGACUAUCUCUUGACAUACCAGGAUCGGUUGCGGCCGAACUCGACUGAAGCACUUCUCCAGGUUCUACGGUUUGCCACGCAGCUUUUCGAAGGCCUCUCUGCGUACCCACAGACCGUCGCCCAGAAGGCGGUUGCGAGUUCAAACUCCACGGCGGCAAGAACCGUCCAGACGCCGCAGGCAUCUGGACCUUUCUCCUCUUCUUCUGCCUCGUGUUCUUCGUUCGCAUCUUCAGAUUCCUUCUCUCCUCCGCAAGGCAUGGGCGGACUGGACGCACGAUUGCGGGCCGAAACGGAGACAGCUGCUGUCUCCCAGUUUCCCGCGGAAACCGGCGAGAGACGCGCAGCGAAAGCGAGGGAACAGGAUAGCAAAGAGGCGUCGUUUGGAAGGAAUGAAGAGCGCCACGCUGUUUUCUCGCCGAGUCAAUUUCUCCGGCAGUUCCAGUUGGGCGACUUUGCCCUCCACGAACUGCUUCUCGUUCUCUCUCACCCCGCCAGCCAGAUGUGCCGGAAACUCCGCGGGUUUUUGAUGCGGAAAAACAGCCGCCUGAGCACGCACGUGCGAGAACAAACCGCAGAAGCUGAAAGGCGGGCGAAAAAGCGCCCAGACGCCAAUCGGUUUUUCCGUGCGGAAGCCGAGUCAGCUGGGCAGACACCUGAGAGUCUCAGUCAAAAAACAGAGAGAGGAACCAAACGAGAAUUCACAGCAAGAGCGAGGCCGUUUCACUCCACGUGUCUGUACACUUUGCGAGCUUUCAUCGAGGCGCUUCUUCGCGCCGGACCAAAAGACAAAAUCCUGCUGCGAUUCCCUUCCCUUUCUACUCCUCUUUCGUCUUCUCUCGAAUCGCAACUUGGUAGAAGACCUGCAGGCACAUCCGAGAGAGAAGCGACGGGAGGGACAGUCGCAGAAAGCGAGGAGACGCAAAAGGCAUUUGCGUUCUCCUCCGUGCAAAUUAUCUGCCUCGACGAGGGUGAGCUGUCUUUCGACGAAAUCGCACAGGCCUCGGGUUUUGCCGCAAAUUUCGACACCUUUUGCAUUUUGAUGGGCGGUACGAUGGAGCCGCGCUUGCGGUUUGCGCCUCUCCACGCCGCCCUGCCUCCUUCUUCGAUAUUCCCAGCGUUCGCGGGCUCUCACGUCAUCGCGAAGGAAAACCUCUUGCUUCUCCCUCUCGCACGGUACCAACAGUGCACCUUCGAUUCGCGAUUUUCAGAGAGAUGGAGACAGAGGGAGCAGCAGGAGGCACUGCUACAGGUCCUCAUCGCGGGGGCCGAGGCCAUGCCUCCUGGUCACGGCCUCGUCGUCUUCUUCUCCUCCUUCUCUCAGCUGCGCGCUUUCUCUUUCUUCUUCCACAACCACGCCUCUCCAGCGAUUCGUGCGAUGUUCCAGCGCGCGUGCCCUCACAUCUUCAUCGAGCAUCAAGACGCCGGCCUGGUUGCUAUGAAGCGCAGCACCUCUUUGUCGCCUGGCAAGGCCGCUGCUUCUCUGGGGCCGUCCACGGCUCGCCCUUUUCUCUUUCCCUCCGAAAAGGAGACACCUGCCGCCGUGCCCAGCGCUGGAGACCGAGACGGCCGAACAGCGGGGACGGGGCGGCUUAACGGCGAGCAGUGGACGGAGGCGAAGAAGAGAGAACGCGAGAGAGAAAAGGCGAAGUCGGACAGAAACUCAGGACUCUGGGGAGACAGCGGAGGAGACGAUGGCCAGCUUGCCACUUGGAAAGGAGGCGUGACUUACGGUCGCAGUGGCGCGCUCUUUGAAGCGUACAAAAGGGUUUUGAUGCGGCCGGACCCAAAAACAGACAGUUUAGAGCGGCCAUCUCCCUCUUCGACUGUAGACGGCACGGGGGGAAAAACUAGCGACAGGCCCACAGGCUUGCCAAGAAACGCCCACACAACCGACACAAGUGUAAACGAGUCAUACGGAAACACGCAGGAAUGUGCAACUCAGAAGGCAGCUUUGUUUUGCGUAAUGAACGGCGCCUUCAGCGAAGGCGUGAAUUUCCACGAUAGCCUAGCCAGACUCCUAGUCCUCGUUGGGUUGCCAUUUCCCAGCGUUAAGGACCCCGAGUUUCAGCUGCGGGCUGCCUUCUUUUCGUCUGUCCUCGAACGGACGAAAAGAGGCGGAGAAUAUUUUGCCGGCGACACGCUGAAAAACACGAGAGGAGUAGCGGAAGUGGAAGGCACAGAAGAUGCAGGCAGCGGGAGUGCUGUCUUCCGGGCAUCGCAGACCAGUGCUCACAAUGGGGUGUCCGUACACCCCAAAAGCCCAGCGGACAGCCCUGUGCGAGGGCGGGAAGAAAAAUGUAGCGCAACAGUCGGGUUGGCGCCGCCCUAUGAAGCGACGAAGGUGCAGAGCGUGGAGGGUGAGACAAGGUCCGUGAAGAAUCCAGAGAGAAAGACACAUUUUCUCGCUGAACAAGAUCCCACUUGUCGUACCGGUUACGGUUUACUCCAGUGCAUGCAGACAGUCAACCAAACAAUAGGGAGAGCAAUCCGGCACAGCCAAGACUACGCUGCGGUUUUACUCGUUGACUAUCGGUACACCGAGAAUCAUAUCGAGACGCUCCUCUCUCCAUGGAUUAAAGAUGCACUUUAUGCCUCUCGGAGACACACAGAGCAAUUACCGCCUUCUGCCCGGGACUGGACAGAAGAGGAAACCUGCCGAGAAGGUUGUUUCGGAGUGGAAAAGGCGACAGACUGGGAGAGACGAGAACUGCCAGACAAGAGAGGCGCGCUGACCACGCGACUUGCAGCAUUCUUCAAACGUAUGGAGGGGAAAGAAGCAGGGAAGGGCGGUACUCGUGACUCCGCGUGA